ACUCAUUGUUUCCUUCGCUUUCACUGCUCACUUUUUUGUCAACUUCAAUUGGAGACAAAAGAAAAAUCUAAACUUGCAUGAUAUUUUCUUCCUUCUAUUCACUCAUUCAAUCACUCCAAAGCCUUUCUCUAUCUCCUUCUCUUUCCAUGUAAAGGGUCUCACUCUCACUUAUGCCUGAUUCAUAGAGAUAUAUAUAGAGAGAGAGAGGCAACAUUCAUUGAAGUUGGAAGAGAUAAGGAAUUAGAAAUGGCUGCUAAAGUAGAGGCUAAUGGUGGUAGUGGUAAGGUUGGUGUUUCUGUAGUUUCUGCCAAGAUUCCAGCAGUGGCACAUCCAUUGGCUGAAAAGCCUGAUGAGGUUGCAUCCAAUAUUAGUUACCAUGCUCAGUUCAGUCCUCAUUUUUCCCCUUUCAAGUUUGAGCCGGAACAAGCUUACUACGCCACUGCUGAGAGUGUUCGUGAUCGUCUCAUUCGGCAAUGGAAUGAAACAUACGCUCAUUUUCACAAAGUUGAUCCCAAGCAAACUUAUUACUUAUCGAUGGAGUUCCUUCAAGGUCGAGCUUUAACCAAUGCCAUUGGAAAUCUGAACAUCCAAGAUGCGUAUGCUGAUGCUUUGCGCAAAUUUGGACUUGAACUUGAAGAAAUAACAGAGCAGGAGAAGGAUGCAGCACUAGGAAAUGGUGGUCUUGGUAGGCUCGCUUCUUGCUUUCUGGAUUCAAUGGCAACACUUAAUUUGCCUGCUUGGGGUUAUGGUUUGAGAUAUAGAUACGGGCUAUUUAAACAGAGAAUCACCAGGGAAGGUCAGGAGGAAGUUGCAGAGGACUGGCUUGAGAAGUUUAGCCCCUGGGAAGUUGUGAGGCAUGACAUUUUGUACCCCAUCAGAUUCUUUGGUCAUGUCGAGGUUAACCCUAAUGGAAGCCGAAAAUGGGUUGGAGGAGAGGUUGUGCAAGCACUGGCUUAUGAUGUGCCAAUUCCAGGUUACCAAACCAAGAACACCAUCAGUCUUCGCCUGUGGGAGGCAAAAGCAAGUGCUGAGGAUUUCAAUUUAUUUUUAUUUAAUGACGGGCAGCAUGAUGCUGCUUCAGUACUUCAUUCACGAGCUCAACAGAUAUGUGCAGUUUUGUACCCUGGGGAUACCACAGAAGGUGGAAAACUUCUACGAUUGAAGCAGCAGUUCUUUCUCUGCAGUGCAUCACUCCAAGAUAUAAUAUCCCGAUUUAAGGAGAGGAGACAAGGGCCUUGGAACUGGUCAGAAUUCCCUACAAAGGUUGCUGUUCAGUUGAAUGAUACUCACCCAACACUUGUAAUACCAGAGUUGAUGCGAUUACUAAUGGAUAACGAAGAACUUGGAUGGGAGGAGGCAUGGGAUGUGACAUCAAGGACUGUUGCUUACACCAAUCAUACUGUCCUCCCUGAAGCACUGGAGAAAUGGUCUCAACCUGUGAUGUGGAAACUUCUUCCACGCCAUAUGGAAAUCAUACAAGAAAUAGACAAGAGAUUCACUGCAGUGAUAAGUACAACCCGGUUGGAUCUUGAGAGUGAGCUAGCCACCAUGCGCAUCUUAGACGAUAAUCCCCAAAAGCCAGUAGUUCGGAUGGCAAAUUUGUGUGUGGUUUCUUCUCAUGCCGUGAAUGGUGUUGCUCAGUUACACAGUGAUAUAUUAAAGUCGGAAUUAUUUGCAAAUUAUGUUUCAAUCUGGCCAACAAAGUUCCAAAAUAAAACCAAUGGGAUUACCCCUCGGAGAUGGAUUCAAUUUUGCAAUCCUGAGCUCAGUAGGAUAAUCACCAAGUGGUUAAAAACUGAUAAGUGGGUAACCAAUCUUGACUUGUUAACAGGUCUUCGACAGUUUGCAGACAAUGAAGAUCUGCAAGAAGAAUGGCUGUCUGCAAAGAUGGCUAGUAAGAAGCGUUUAGCACGGUUUGUUUUGCAGGUGACAGGGGAGAGCAUAGACCCGGAUAGUUUGUUUGACAUUCAAGUCAAGCGUAUUCAUGAAUACAAGAGACAGCUACUUAACAUACUUGGUGUGAUUUAUAGAUACAAGAAGCUAAAGGAAAUGAGCCCUGAAGAACGGAAGAAAUCUACUCCGCGUACUGUAAUGAUUGGAGGAAAGGCAUUUGCAACAUACACAAAUGCUAUAAGGAUUGUCAGGCUGGUGAAUGAUGUUGGCGCUGUUGUCAACAGUGAUCCUGAGGUCAACAGCUUUUUGAAGGUUGUGUUUGUUCCGAAUUACAAUGUGUCUGUGGCAGAAGUGCUAAUUCCAGGAAGUGAACUUUCACAGCAUAUAAGCACUGCAGGAAUGGAAGCAAGUGGCACAAGCAACAUGAAAUUUGCUUUGAAUGGGUGCCUUAUAAUAGGUACUUUAGAUGGAGCUAAUGUGGAAAUCAGGGAGGAGAUUGGUGAGGAGAAUUUUUUCCUCUUUGGUGCCACAGCAGAAGAUGUUCCUCGACUGAGGAAAGAAAGAGAGAAUGGACUGUUCAAUCCUGAUCCUCGAUUUGAAGAGGCAAAGAAGUUUAUCAGGAGUGGAGUGUUUGGAAGCUAUGACUACAGUCCAUUGCUUGAAUCUUUGGAAGGAAAUUCUGGUUAUGGUCGUGGUGAUUACUUUCUUGUUGGUCAUGACUUCCCAAGCUACAUGGAUGCUCAGGCAAAAGUCGAUGAAGUGUAUCGUGAUAGGAAAAAAUGGCUAAAAAUGUCAAUCUUAAGCACGGCUGGAAGUGGAAAGUUCAGCAGUGACAGAACAAUUGCUCAAUAUGCCAAGGAAAUUUGGAACAUAGAAGAGUGCCGCGUGCCAUAAUUUCUGCUGCAUGUCCCUUGCAAGCAAGUUUAUGUAUAGCACAUAGAGAAUGAUAAAUUUAUAAGUAAUAAAAAAUAUGAAAAAAUAAUAUUCUGAAAAGAGAAAGUAAAGGAGACUUUUUUGCUUUCUGUUUAGCUUGUCACAAGAUUUCAGCUUUGUUCUUAUAUUAAAUGUUCUCUCAACCAUCUGCUUCUGAUAGAUAGUGCCUUCUAUAUGCAAAUAAAUCUUUAGUUUCAUUCUCUGUGAAA